AUGGAAGACUUUUUUGUCUCAACUCAAAAGCCUAAACCUUCUAAAUUGCGCUUAUUCUCUAUUAUUGGUAUCCUUGGUGCCUUUGGAGUAUUAGCUACAAUCUUAGUUAUUUCUAUUUCUUCUGCAUCUCCUAUUCUAGCUCAGCUCACACUUGAGGAGACAGAAUUUCAGAAUUUUAUGACUGCUUAUUCAAAGACUUAUUCAUCAGAAGAAGAAUAUCAAGCAAAAUUCCAAAUUUUCCGUGAUAACUUAGCUUAUAUUCGUAUUUUUAACUCACUAGGAAACAAUUGGACUUUAGGCGCUAACAAAUUCGCUGACUUGACUUUUUCAGAAUUUAAAGCAAAAUUCUCUUCAUCUCCAGUCCAAAAGUCAGAGAAAAACAUUGUCGUUCUUGAUCCUCUAACAGCUCCAUCCGCAAUAGACUGGACUACAAAGGGCGCAGUUACUCCUGUAAAAAACCAAGGAGAAUGUGGUAGUGGCUGGGCUUUUUCAGCUUCAGGUGCUGUAGAAGGGGCUUGGUAUCUUUCAGGCCACACUAUCCUUUCUUUGUCAACUCAAGAGAUUCUUGACUGCUCAACUACAUUUGGGAAUAAUGGCUGCAAUGGUGGAACUGUGGACAAUGCUUUCAAAUACAUUAUAAGCAAAGGCCUUACUUCUGACCAAAAUUAUCCUUAUAAAGGGGUAGAUGGAGCUUGCAGCAAAACAAAAGUUGCUAUGGUUAACGCAACUAUAAGCAAUUAUACAGAUGUAACCCCAGAUAAUGUAAACCAGCUUUAUGCAGCUGUUGCUAAAGGACCUGUUUCAGUUUCUGUUGAUUCUAGUCAGGAAGUGUGGCAAUUUUAUAAGGGAGGGAUUGUUGAUAAAAAUUGUGGGACAUCUCUAGACCAUGGCGUUCUUAUUGUAGGGUAUAAUCAAACGAAUACUCCUGCAUAUUGGAAAGUCAAAAAUUCUUGGGGACCUGAUUGGGGUGAGCAAGGCUAUAUCAGAAUUGGAGUCAAAAAUGGAGCAGGUGUUUGCGGCAUUCAAAUGCAGCCCUCUUAUCCUAAAGUUUAA